AUCCGAAUCCGCUCGUCUGGCGUACCCAAUCGGGGUGGUCCAGUUGGAGGUUUAUCUCGGCUACCGUUAUCUUUGGUUGGGGGUCUGCGGAAUGCAGUCCGACUACUCCGAGUAUUAAACUGAGAUAAAAGCACCUGAGUGCGAGGGUACUGUUAUACUUUUCACUUGCUAACAGUAUAAGCUUAAUAGCUACUCUGCCCUCUUCUCUCUCCUCCCCACCAUCCCAAUGGAAACAACAAACCGUCCACAUCUCCAUUCCCUCGCCCACCGCGGCACCAUCCAAGGCCUCACCAUCACCGCCACCCAAUCCUCCACCGAUCUCUGCCAUUACUUCGGCGGCGUCCGCUAUGCUCUCCCCCCUCUACAGCGCUGGCGCCGUGCCCGCCGUCUCCCAUCCACAUUCACCUACGGCAGCAAAGAUGCACCGGGUCGAUGUGAUACCGGGGCUGGGCUGUGUCCGCAACCUGGGUUUCUGAGUCUUUCGCCGAUGAAUGAGGAUGCUUGGACGGAAGAUUGUUUCCAGUGUAAUGUUUGGGUGCCUAUGGGGGAGGCGCCGAAGGGGGGAUGGCCUGUUUUUAUGUUUAUUCAUGGAGGCUGGUUGCAGUUCGGCUCACCCAAUGGCUUCAAUGCAGCGGCCUUGCUGGGCGAGACGGAUUUCAAGUGUGUGAUUGUCAUGCCGGCGUACCGGGUCAAUCUAUUCGGUUUCUUGUACUCGGCAGAGUUGGAGCAGGAUGCUGCGGCUGUUGGAGAGACGGUGGGAAACCACGGGUUCUGGGAUCAGCGAUUGGCGAUGGAGUGGACCAAGGAGAAUGUGCAUUUGUUCGGUGGUAAUCCAGAUAAUAUCACAAUCUCGGGGUAUUCUGCUGGUGCAAACUCCGUCUUCCAUCAAUUAGCCUACGACCUCCGUCAACCGGACGACAAGGCCAUCGUCCGCCAGGCCUGCAUCUUCUCCAAUUCCCCAGCAGUCCAACCCAAAAGACCAGCCGAGACACAAAUCCAAUUCGACCAGCUCCUCGCCGCACUCAACAUCCCCUUAACCCUCUCCGCAAACGAGAAACUCGCUCGUCUCCGCGCCCUCCCACCCAAACAACUCCUCGACGCAGUCCAAACCAUCGAAGUCCACCAAUUCCGCCCAACAACCGACAACGGCUUCAUCCUACCCAAUCUCUUCACAUCCCUGGAUAACGGCGACUUUGCCCGCAAACUACUCGCCCGCAAUGUCCGGCUCAUCCUCGGCGAAUGCGCAGACGAACACUUCCUCUACAGCGUCUGGUUCCCUCCAAAAGCGAAUACCCUGGACGCACUGCGCACAAGACUCAUCGCUGAUUAUCCUGAGUGUGCUGUCGACGCUCUUAUUUCUUUGCACUACCCUAGAAACCAACUCCCACCGGGGUGUCAGAAUUGGACACCCGAUGCAUGGGGCCGAAUCUACGCUGAUAUGCAGGUGCACCAUAUGCAGCGUGGCCUGAUCCACGCAUUGACGGAUAACACGGCCGGAGUCGAUGCGUCGCGGUUGAUCUACCGGUAUAGAAUUGAGUUCCGGGCAAAGUGUAUUGAAAAGGGGAUUCCGUUGGAGUGGGGUGUGACGCACUCGUCGGAUUAUCCGUUGUGGUUCUGGGGUAAUGGGGAUGUGUUGACCACUGCGGAGAAGAAGUGUACGGAGGAGGCGUUUAUUGGGCCGUUGAGUCGGUUUGUCAAAGGCGAUAGAGAAGUAAAGGGGGUGGAUGGGUUUGGAUGGGGGACGAGUGGAAAGGGGGUUAGGGCGAUGAAGGCUGAUGGGGAGGUGGAGAUUCGGGGGGAUGAUGCGUUGUGGGAGGAGGGUGUGAAGGUGUGGAAGGCAUUGAGGGAUGUUGGUGAGAAGGCGAAGUUGUGA